AUGUAACGUAUAUAAAGUGUAUUUAUACAUUCUGUCUUGAGGGAAUUUGUUUUCUUCUUCUAUGAUUGCUCAUGCUUUGAUGCAUUUUUCAUGCAUAAGUCGUAAUACACAUGGCAGUUAUCGAAGAUAUUUUCAAGAAACAAUGUAUAAGCAUUUUAAGUGUUGGUGCUCCAAAAGAGUUAUCAUUCCUUACAGCUAGUUUCAGCUUGUUGUUCACAAUGACAAGUAUCCCAGGAAAUAUUCUCAUCAUCUUAGCUGUUUUUUUCGAUCCAAACAGAAAUCUUCGUAGCCCGUUCAAUUGGUUGGUCCUAAAUUUAGCGACAGCAGACCUGAUUGUCGGUAUGGUCACCGAUCCUAUUAUGGUGUACUUACACAUAAAAGAAGGUGUAGAAAGAAGGCUAGAGCAACGCGACCUAUAUGCUAUUCAUAUGAGUUAUUUCAUCUCAUGUACUGCUUCCGUGCUGAGCAUUUCCACUUUGGCGGUAGAGAGGUACCUUGCGAUGAAAAGACCACAUGUAUAUCGUAGCAAUGUCACGAACAGACGAAUAGUGAUUACGGUUGUUGGAAUAUGGCUUUUUUCACUGAGCUUACCAAAUAUCUACUUUAAAGUUGGCUUUACCUCAUAUUCGUUUAUAUUUGCCAACACGUGUGUAGUUGUUACCGUGAUAUUAACGUCUGUAACGUACAUCUCUAUGUUGAACCUGUUCAAAGAAAGAACCCAGAACACGAUUACAGACAUAGAACUCGUUCGUUCUACAAACUUUCAAACGGUUACUGUGCGUCCCACGUCAACAAUUAGCUCGAGUGCCCGUGAAAGAGAAAUCAAAGUGACCAAGAUGUUUUCUAUAAUUCUUCUUGCCAUGUUAUGCUGCUAUGGUCCGUCAACUAUAUGCACGUACUUGUUGAAUGUCUGCAAAUCCUGCAGCUGCACGACUCUACACUGGCUUCGCGACUUUCAUUUCAUUUUCAUUCUGAUGAACUCCUCUGUUAAUUUCUGGAUUUAUGCUCUGCAGUCUCAAAAAUUUCGUAGUGCUUUUAUUAAAAUCAUAAAGAGAAACCGUUGAUUGUUCACAUGCAGGCAGCAGUAUCGGAAGUCCAAGAUAGGAAAAGGGACAAUCCAUUGCUCUGUUAAAAGAAUCGUACCUUGCCUCGUACAAUGCACUUGUUUAAACAUACACAUGCAAAGCUAAGAGGCCUCUUUUGCCUCAAGAAUUGAACUAGAAAUUCCCAAAUAGCAGAAAUGAAGUUUCAGUCAUAUGUCUUGUUCUUCUAUGGAUAUGAUGUAUUAAUAUAUAAGCAUCUGCACAAUGUAUGUAUAAUAUAAAUGUUAUGUAGACAGAGAAAAAAAUGUAUGACAAAUUUGA